UUUUUUUUAGGUUCUGAUUUCAAUAAAAUGGAUGGACUUAUGCGUAAUCUAAAUUUGUCUACAUCCCAAAAUUCUGAAAAUAUACGUAAAGAAAUUGCAUUUUUGGAUGAUGAAGAUGAUGAAUUACCACCCCCACCCCCACAAAAUAUGCUUGGAUCUUCUCAAAAAGAUGUUGUUGUUGUUUUUCGUCCACCACCAAUAUUAGAAAAUUCAAUGGAAAAUUCUUUAUCAGAAAAUAAUUUUAUUGAAAAAAAUGAUCAAGAAUUUCCUUCUCCUCCUCCUGUUCUUCAACAGCAAAAUAUUGCUGCUAAUCAAUUUCAAUAUUUACCUGCUGGAGGAACUGAAAUUUCAACUACAACAACAACAACUCCUUCAGAAGAGAAUAAUAAUAUUAAUCAAGCUGUUUCUAAUGUUAGUUCAAAAGAACAGAUUCAAUCAUCUGUGCCCCCGCCACCUCCGCCUCCCCCGCCACCUCCUCCACCACCUUCUAAUUUCAAUUUAAAACAACAAGAGGGUACAAAAACUUUUUCAACUAGUGAAAAUACAAGUCGAAAACCUUCAACUACUUCUAGUGGAGAUGGAACGAAGGACAAUCGUUCAUUAUUAUUAAUUCAAAUCCAAGAGGGUGUCCAAUUAAAAAAAGUUCAAAAACAAGAAGAACAAGCAGAAAAAAGGGCUGUAAAUGAUUCAACAGAUGUUGCUGCUAUUUUACGUAAAAGAAUGGAACAUUGUUUUGGUGGGUCUUCUGAUGAAUCAAGUUCUAAUAGUCCAACUGGGGAUGAUAAUGAAUGGGAUUAAGAAAAGAGAGAGAAUGAAGGAGUUUAUUCCAGACCUUCUCACGGAUACUGAUUUUGGUAUUCGUAUCCGGAUAUGUACGGCGGAUACAGGCGAAUAUCCGCAGGCAUCUUAAUAUUUGUACCUUGUCCAUGAGCAGGUCUGGUUUAUUCAUUCUUUAAUUCUUUUGUAAGUUACACAUAUUCAGGGCUGUCCACAUUUUUUUUUCAUUUUCCAUGUUGAGGAGGUUUUGUUUAAAAAAAAUUUUUUAUUCUAUCAAUUGUUUGGGGGGAAUAAUUUUAUUUUCUUAAAUUUAUUUUUGAUUAAUUUAAAUAUGGUGUGUUUAAAAAUUAUAAAAUUAUACUUGUAUUUUAUAAAGAAAAAAUAUAAAACAAUUUGGACCACAUUUUUUUGUUGUUAUUUAAUAUGUAACACAUACCAUGGAUCGCGCCGGAAAUUCUGGUUCUGGUAGGCCGGAAGUUCCGGGAUUUUUUGGUUUCUGUUCCGUCCUUCCAGUUCCGGAUUUGGUUAAAAUUUCAGUUCCGACUCCGGCCAAAUUUGCGGUUCCGGCGCAACACUAACAUAC